AUGCUUCAACCGACAUUCGGUCUUCAUCAAGACCGCGCCGGAUGAAAGCCUGCCUUCAGUGUCGAUCUAGCAAAGUUAAAUGCGAUCUCCUGAAGCCUUGCACGGCUUGUUUCAAGCGAGGCUGUCCAGAGCUCUGUAAAGAAGAUGAGAACCAGGGCUCGUGUCUUUACUGCAAACAAAAGAAGCUCAAAUGCAACAAGCAGCGUCCAUGCGAUCAAUGUUUGAAGAGAUCGAGGGGGGAUGAUUGCUGUACAGCAGAGAUUCGAACUCCCGCGGUCGCCGAGGCAAAAGGACCUGACACUCCUUCAUCCGAGCACUCAGUCGAUGAAAAUACUUUUGCCAUGAUGCCUUCGAACCAAGCAGAUAUAUCUCCUAUCUUUAACGCAGUUGAUCGACCGCUACAUUCCCCGCUCAAAAUUGUAUUCCCCGAUACGAGCCAGUUUCGCAUGCGUGAAUCCCUCAAACUCCAACAUGUAGUGUUCCGACGAGUCUGGGAAACUGGGUAUAAUAUCUCAAGUCUAACCCGGUUAUUCAACAAACUACCCUACUGUAUAAGGCAAGCUCUAGAUGAUGGACUUUUCACCUUAGAACGACUUCGACAAUUGAGGAAUAUUGAAGGUGGAUGCGCCGAGGCAGUUCCAGUGGACAUGGACAGUGAACCGUCAAUCAUUCAGAUGACUGACGAUGAAGUUCCUGGUUGUUUGCUCUAUUAUGAACUCAACGCUGGUGUUUUGACACUUCACAGACUUUAUCAGCCGUCAAGACGGCACCUAUAUUGGAUAUUAUGCAUAUGAAUGGGAGCCCAGCACACAGCGAAG